AUGACCCCGAUAUUAAGUCAGUCUCAACAGAGCUAUCUAGGCAACGGAGCGAGAGUUGUAGCAGCAGCAACAGUACCAGGAGAAGGUGGUGGGGAACCUAUCUCAUCUUUCCCUGUGGUCUCACAAAUUUCUUCAUCCCCGCUAUAUGGGCAAGGCUUUACUAGCUUCGCGUUGAAGAUGUAUUCAAGAGAUUAUACAGUUGAUCUCAAUAACACCAAUCUGUGUGGUGCAGAUUCAGGCACAGGCAUCUUUGCAGCCUCACAACAUUCACAAUGUAGUACCAUUGCAGGUGAAAGCAGCACAGGCAAGGCACCGAUGACUCCUUCAACAAUAUCCUCUAUAUUUCAUUUUUAUGUGUUUAAUUUGGUUUUAUCACCACACUUCCCAAAACAUCACACUCAGGAGUCAUUUUAUCUAGAUACUGACAGCCUGAAGAGUUCUAAAUUGCAAGGCAUUACCAAAGGUCCUCUGAUUGGAUUCCGAUACCGUAUCCAUCUGCCUAACUCAAAUACCUUUGAGAUCCGGAAAUUCCAAGUGAGAUUCAGGUCCACUCCUGAAAGUGGCCAAUGCGCUUCAAUGUUGUCACCUUACAUUGAGUGUCGUUCAACCACCAAAGGAGGUGGUGGUGGUGGAGGAGGAGGAGGAGGAGUAGGCGACGGAGUAGGAGUAGGUGUAGGAGUAGGAGUAGGAGUAGGAGUAGGAGGACCUCCCUCAUUAGAGAUCACUCAAACCAGAGCAAAGAUGAAUAUGGAUAACAAUCCUAUGACCGACGUUAUCCUUACUCCACAAGCUAUUGCGGUCUCUAAUGAUCCGACCAUCCCUUCCUCCACCACAACCAUGACUGAAUCAAAUUUAAAUGUGGGUUUGCACGUCUCUUAUUCGAAUUCAAUCGCAAACGAUCAAGUUGAAGGUCCCAAGAUUGGACUGAACCAUAAUGAUUCAAUUACGAAUACAGUGGACACCUUGGAUUGUAGCCAACAAUCUAUGCUGUUUGAAGGCAUUGGUAGCCAGGAUUUCUUGGGUGGCUACAGUGGUAAUCACAAUCACAAUCACAAUAGCAUUACCCAUGCCAAUACUAAUGUCAAUAUCAACACCAAUGCUGCCAGCACUAUGUUUCACCAAGCGGUCCCAUUCCCAUAUUCACAUUUUCAGCAACAACAACAGCGACAACCAUUCAAUUCUGUCCUUCCUCGUGUGAAUACUUUGCAGCACCCCUUGCAAUAUCCCUCGCAACAUCUCUCCCAACAUCCCUUAGGGCCGAUGUUUGCUCAUUCCACAACAAAUCCUACAAUUCAGACCUCACUAGCACCUAAUCAAGAACCACAACAAGGAUUAACAACACCUCAUACUGCCGAAAUCAACCGAUUGAUGGCUUUACCGAGCAAGGAUCUACAAGAGGAGAUCAAUAUGAUCCUCAAGGACCCAAGCUUUUCGAAUCUGGUUAGUAAUGUUCCCUAA